GAGGGAAUAUAUAGAGGAACACAGAGGUCUGUACAAGGACGUGAUGAUGGAGAAUCACCGGCCCCUCACAUCACUGGAUGGACCCAGUAACAGAGAUACCCCAGAGAGAUGUCCCCGUCCUCUGUAUACCCAGGAUUGUACAGAGGAGAAUCACAGGAUCCCACAGGAGGAUCAGGAUGACUGUCUGACUGAUAUAAAGGCAGAAGAUAUAGAGGGAGAAGAAGAGACGUAUGUGACUGAUAUGAAGGGAGAAGAUAUAGAGGGAGAAGAAGAGACGCAUGUGACUGAUAUAAAGGCAGAAGAUACAGAGGGAGAAGAAGAGACGUAUGUGACUGAUAUAAAGGCAGAAGAUAUAGAAGGAGAAGAAGAGACGUAUGUGACUGAUAUAAAGGCAGAAGAUAUAGAAGGAGAAGAAGAGACGUAUGUGACUGAUAUAACGGCAGAAGAUACAGAGGGAGAAGAAGAGACGUAUGUGACUGUUAUAAAGGCAGAAGAUAUAGAGGGAGAAGAAGAGACGUAUGUGACUGAUAUAAAGACAGAAGAUACAGAGGGAGAAGAAGAGACGUAUGUGACUGAUAUGAAGGGAGAAGAUAUAGAGGGAGAAGAAGAGACGCAUGUGACUGAUAUAAAGGCAGAAAAUAUAGAGGGAGAAGAAGAGACGUAUGUGACUGAUAUAAAGGCAGAAGAUAUAGAGGGAGAAGAAGAGACGUAUGUGACUGAUAUAAAGACAGAAGAUACAGAGGGAGAAGAAGAGACGUAUGUGACUGAUAUAAAGGCAGAAGAUAUAGAAGGAGAAGAAGAGACGUAUGUGACUGAUAUAAAGGCAGAAGAUAUAGAAGGAGAAGAAGAGACGUAUGUGACUGAUAUAACGGCAGAAGAUACAGAGGGAGAAGAAGAGACGUAUGUGACUGUUAUAAAGGCAGAAGAUAUAGAGGGAGAAGAAGAGACGUAUGUGACUGAUAUAAAGGCAGAAGAUAUAGAGGGAGAAGAAGAGACGUAUGUGACUGAUAUAAAGGCAGAAGAUACAGAGGGAGAAGAAGAGACGUAUGUGAUUGAUAUAAAGGCAGAAGAAAUAGAGGGAGAAGAAGAGACGUAUGUGACUGAUAUAAAGGCAGAAGAUAUAGAUGGAGUAGAAGAGACGUAUGUGACUGAUAUGAAGGCAGAAGAUACAGAGGGAGAAGAAGAGACGUAUGUGAGGGGUGAUCAGCAGUGUAAUGAGGAGGAGAUCCCUACAGAUAUCAGCACAGCAGAUGGACCCACAAGCAGGAAUAUUUCAGAAGGACAUCUAAUGUUAUCCCCGGAUUGUGACAUAACAGAUAAUGACAGUAGACAGGAUUCUCCAGGAGAUAAUCCCAUUACCCCAAUUAUACAUCCAGCUCUAUCAGCUGAUCCCUCUGAUCCUGGGAAAUGUUCUCCUGAUCACUCUGAUAUUGGUGCAUCUAUUACAGCUCUGAGAUUAGAUACAGAGUUUCCCUGUUCUACAGAUGCCAAAUGUUUUACACAGAACACAAACCGUAUUACUCAUCAGCCAGCUAAGGCAGGUGAGAGGCCAUUUCCAUGUUCUGAGUGUGGGAAAUGUUUUGCAAAGAAAUUGAGUCUUUUUAAACAUCAGAGAAGUCACACAGGUGAGAAGCCGUAUUCCUGUUCUGAGUGUGGGAAAUGUUUUGCAUCGAAAUCAAAUCUUGUUACACAUCAGAGAAGUCACACAGGUGAGAAGCAGUAUUCCUGUUCUGAGUGUAUGAAAUGUUUUGCAUCGAAAUCAGAUCUUUUUAAACAUCAGAGAAGCCACACAGGUGAGAAGCCAUUUUCCUGUUCUGAGUGUGGGAAAUGUUUCACACAGAAAUCAGCCCUUGUUACACAUAAGAGAAGUCACACAGGUGAGAAGCCAUAUACCUGUUCUGAGUGUGAGAAAUGUUUUGUAUCGAAACCAAAUCUGGUUAAACAUCAGAGAAGUCACACAGGUGAGAAGCCGUAUUCCUGUUCUGAGUGUGGGAAAUGUUUUGCACAGAAAUCGAGUCUUUUUAAACAUCAGAGAAGUCACACAGGUGAGAAGCCGUAUUCCUGUUCUGAGUGUAGGAAAUGUUUUUCAUCUUCAUCAAAUCUUGUUACACAUCAGAGAAGUCACACAGGUGAGAAGCAGUAUUCCUGUUCUGAGUGUAUGAAAUGUUUUGCAUCGAAAUCGGAUCUUUUUAAACAUCAGAGAAGUCACACAGGUGAGAAGCCAUUUUUCUGUUCUGAGUGUGGGAAAUGUUUCACACAGAAAUCAGCCCUUGUUACACAUAAGAGAACUCACACAGGUGAGAAGCCAUAUACCUGUUCUGAGUGUGAGAAAUGUUUUUUAUCGAAACCAAAUCUGGUUAAACAUCAGAGAAGUCACACAGGUGAGAAGCCGUAUUCCUGUUCUGAGUGUGGGAAAUGUUUUGCAUCGAAACCAAAUCUGGUUAAACAUCAGAGAAGUCACACAGGUGAGAAGCCGUAUUCCUGUUCUGAGUGUGGGAAAUGUUUUUUAUCUACAUCAAAUCUUGUUAAACAUCAGAGAAGUCACACAGGUGAGAAGCCAUAUUCCUGUUCUGAGUGUGGGAAAUGUUUUUCAUCUAAAUCAAAUCUUGUUAAACAUCAGAGAAGUCACACAGGUGAGAAGCCGUAUUCCUGUUCUGAGUGUAGGAAAUGUUUUGCACAGAAAUCAGCUCUUGUUACACAUCAGAAAAGUCACACAGGUGAGAAGCCAUAUUCCUGUUCUAAGUGUGGGAAAUGUUUUAGACAGAAAUCACAUCUUGUUACACAUCAGAGAAGUCACACAGGUGAGAAGCCAUUUUCAUGCUGUGAGAGAAAUAAAUCCGCUCUUGUUGAACAUAUUAGACAUUAUCCAAGCACGAAACCAUUUAAAUCUUCUGGAGUAUAAUUAUCACUGUCAUGCAAUGUUCCUCAAGGGUCAAUCCUAUCUCCUAUGCUUCAUGCAAUAUACAGUCUGGUCCAUAUAUAUUGGGACAUCGACACAAUUCUCAUAUUUUGGGCUCUAUACACCACCACAAUGGAUUUGAAAUGAAACAAACAAGAUGUGCUUUAACUGCAGACUUUCUGCUUUAAUUUGAGGGUAUAUACAUCAAAAUCAGGUGAACGGUGUAGGAAUUAAAAUGGUUUUUAUAUGUGCCUCCCACUUUUUAAGUGACCAAAAGUAAUGGUACAAACUAAACAAUCCUAAAUCAAAUAUUGUAAAUCAGUAGACCAGUGCGCUCGUCCAGUUCAACAAAAAAUACUUUACUACUUAAUGUGGUCGCAGCCCGGAUCAGUGUUUCGUGAAUUGAGCUUUCACAUAUUUUCCAAGGGCGAUCUGAUUACCAUAUCCUAGAUGAAGACCUGGAUACAAUAUCCAUACUGAUAUGCAAAUAUUUAUUUAUCUGGUACGCAUAUAAAUUUUGUGUGAUAACUGAAUUUAAUCCCACAUACGGAAAUAUACUACGCUAUAUAGCGAUUCUUUGUGUCUCCUAGCAGCAUUUAGAUCCCAGUAGUAACCUGGACUAAAGAAUGGGGGACGGAUACGCCAUGUGUCAAGCCGUAAUCUGUACGCUAUAAUAUUCUUGCGUGUGACAAAACUAGUGAUGAGCGGAUUCGGUUUUACUCUGUUCUCAAAACGGCAUCUUAUUGGUUACAGAUGUCAUGUGUUUUGGAUAGCCAAAAAGAUUCUGUUUUGAGAUCCGAGUAAAACCGAAUCCGCUCAUCACUAGACAAAACUGAUUGAAAAAUACUACACCAUAGUCGCUCUCUUGUUUCUUCCUUUGUUUCCAGAAUCCUAAAUCAAACUUUUACUUUUUAAUACUUUGUUGCAAAUCCUUUUGUCAGUUACAGUCUGAAGUCUGGAACGCAUAGACAUCACCAGACGCUGGGUUUCAUCCCUGGUGAUGCUAUGCCAGGCCUCUACUGCAAAUGUCUUCAGUUUCUGCUUGUUCUUGGGGCAUUUUCUCUUCCGUUUUGUCUUCAUCAAGUGAAAUGCAUGCUCAAUCGGAUUCAGGUCAGGUGAUUGACUUGGCCAUUGCAUAACAUUCCACUUAUUUGCCUUAAACGCUUUGGUUGCUUUCGCAGUAUGCGUCGGGUCAUUGUCCAUCUGCACUGUGAAGCGCCUUCCAGUGAGUUCCAAAGCAUUUGACUGAAUAUGAGCAGAUAAAAUUGCCCAAAACACUUCAGCAUUGAUCCUGCUGCUUUUAUCAGCAGUCACAUCAAUAAAUACAAGGAAACCAGUUCCAUUGGCAUCCAUACAUGCACACGCCAUGACACUACCACCACCAUGCUUCACUGAUGAGCUGGUAUGUUUUGGAUCAUGAGCAGUUCCUUUCCUUCUCUAUACUCUUUUCUUCCCAUCACUCUUGUACAAGUUGAUAUUUGUCUCAUCUGUCCAUAGGAUGUUGUUCCAGAACUGUAAAGGCUUUUUUAGAUGUUGUUUGCAAACUCUAAUCUGGUCUUCCUGUUUUAUUGCUCACCAAUGGUUUACAUCUUGUGGUGAACCCUCUAUAUUCACUCUUGUGAAGUCUUCUCUUGAUUGUUGACUUUGACACAUAUACACCUAUCUCCUGGAGAGUGUUCUUGAUCUGGGCAACUGUUGUGAUGGGGUUCGUGCUAUUUAGUA